UUAUGAUGGCAGACAUCCAUCGUCAGGCCUUCUUCCAUCACGCAAUGAUCGCUCCUGUACCAUUAUGAGUCCUAAACGGGUCAGAAAUCCCGUUCUGGGAUGCUUGUCCACCCGUCGUUUUGCCGUUAUUGCUCUGGUAGCGUUCAUCUGGCUGCUUCAUGGCCGUUUCUUCGGGUUUCCAACUCAACAUCACCACGCGGAUACGCAAACAUCAAGACACCGAGAUGAAGAUGCACCGAGAUUCCUCUACCAAUCGCCUUCUCGGGAGAACCCCGAUGUGGAGUAUGAGAGAUAUCUAUCAGAUGCCCUCAAGGAGAUCGAGCAAGCAGCAGGAGGGGAGGACGUGGCGGAAGAAAGGAUCUGGCAGAUUGCCAGAGACGAACAACACCGGGGAUCGGAAUCAACCUUAUUCGAGGAGUCGAACAGCGAAUGGCAAUACACGUUAAUGACCGACGAGAAAGCCGCAGCAUUUGUGAUCGAUGAGUUAUCGGCCGUCCCAGAAAUCGCAACAAUAUACAAUUCUUACCCUUAUGAUGUCCUCCGAGCGGACCUCCUUCGAUACCUCCUUCUUUGGUAUUAUGGAGGCUUCUAUGCUGACAUGGACGUUUUCCCUGCUCGCCCUAUCAGCAAGUGUUCCGCUAUGCAGCGGGUAUUUCCGCAGCGAUCCGACCACCCUGCCAAUGUGUCCCUGGUAGUAGGGAUCGAGCUCGAUGAGCCCUAUGCCUCACCCCGUCGUAUGCGCGAGUGGCACUGGACCAGAACCUAUGGACUGAUUCAGUACACGAUAUACGCACCGCGACGGUUUAGCCCAGUACUCCGAGAGAUUAUUGUCCGGGCCUUAGCAUAUACCAGAAAAUACCAGAGUCAUCACAACAGACUCUUUGGGUAUAGCCAGGAGGAUAUCCUAAGGCUGACAGGGCCGGAUGUUUUCACGGAUACGAUUCUGGAUAUGCUGUCAUCAUCUCUCCCGUCCAGUCAUCCGCUCAUCCAACGAUCGGUGGAUGCAGACGAGACUAUAGGUGAUCUAGACAGACGGAGACGUGUAACAUGGGCUCCGUUUCAUGAUCUCCAUGAAACCGUUUGCAUCGAGGCUGAUGAAGCUGUUUCGGAGGCACCCAUGGGAGGAAUCUGCGUGCUGCCAGUUAAUAGCUCUGAAGCCGCCGACAUAUGGCUAUAUGGUAUCUUCUGGUCUGUAAUCUAA